GUUAAAAGAAUAGUAGUACAGAGAGAGUCAGGUUGGGUUCCUUCAUUACCCUCGUUUCUAAAUGCUACGACUUGAUUCAGUGUUCAGAGACACAUUACUUGAUCUACCAGACACUUUACAAAGCGAACUUGACAUUCCUCCUUAUUUAUUACAAAUUCCAUUUCAACAAUGGAAGGACCAUAAAACCAUCAUUAGUACUAGUUUAUCACUUUCAAAUGACUUCAAAGGUGAUGGUUCACUUUUAUAUAAAGAAGUUUUAAGAACUCUUAAAACUUUAAGUGAACAAGAAAGCAAAGAUGUCCCUGAGGCAGUCAAAGAGUACGCAUUGGCGUUAUCUAAAGAGUUUGAAAAGAGCGAAAGUGAUUUUAUACUUACUUUUGAGGAUGCAAGAAGCCUCAGCAUAUUGACACAACAAACACAAACGCUUACUAUAGAAGAAACCGUUACCUCAACUGUAGAAAUAGAGUCUGUAGGAAGUACUGAACCAGAGGAAAAAGAAGAUAAAAAAGAAGAACCUAAAGAGGAUAAACAGAGAUGGAUAAGCUUUUUGGAUAGCGUAGAAGGAAGCCGUAAGCGACACAAACACUGCUUAGAAAGAAAUAGAAUUCUCCGUAUUGGUGCUGGCAUUAUGCCCCCAGAGGAUAUGGAUGAAGAGGACUACAAGAACCUACUUGAACAACUACAGGUUAAACCAAAACCUGUAAAAUUUAAUGAUGUUGCCAAUCAGUACUAUGACAAGAUCAAAGGAGCCAGUACCUUGAUUGAGCUUGAACGUGCAUUCAGGUUUCCUCCGACACCCGUUGACGAUGAUGAUGAAAGACAGAUCAUUUAUAUUCAAAAAGUAUCAGAAGCAAUAUGGCGAGUGUUCAAGAAGCUACCUUAUAUUGGUUCUGGUGAAUUGGCAUAUAGAUCUGUGUUUGCUCACCCAUAUAUUGAAGCGGUCAUUAGCUGUAUAAAUAAUUCUGAUCUAGGAUACGACACUGGGGAAAAGAGCGUGAAAGCAAUGAAUGCUCAAAUGGAUCGUUUGAAGCUGAGGAUCAGCAAUUAUGAAAGUUAUAAAGCAGACGGAGUUAUUUGCUUUAAAGAAAUUGAAGUAUUUUUGAUGGAAAACAGUGGGAGCUAUGGAAAUUGUACCAAGCAUAAAGCAUCAGGCGAUCACCAUAAAGCUGUGUAUGGUGUUUUAGGGAUGUUAAAGACUAUUGCUGAUACUUACAGAUAUGCUACAUUUGAUACAUUUCAAAGGUUGAAAGUAUUCUUUCUACAAACCAGAGGAAAGAUAAUGGAGCUGUGGUCUAUAAGAGCCGAACAAAAGAAUAGCUAUGUUCUUUACCGUGAAGCAAUGAUGCUUGUCUCUGUUGACGUUAAAGACAAGAAUAGCAUGUUGGAAGACAGCUUCACAUUUCUGAAUAUUAUGAAGGAUAUGCUCAUGGAAACAGCAAAGACACUAACAAAAAUAAUAGAAGAGCACGAAUAUUUUACUCAAAGCGUCUCUGCUGAUGAAACACAAGCGCCCACUCAUAGCUUAAAAGAGAUUAUAGAUCCACCUAUUUUUAAGAUAAUUGUAGAACAGGGCUCGCGAGGCCUGGGAACGCUUGACUACGAAGAAUACAGUGUAAAGCCUUCUGUUAAGAAAUAAAUAUACG